AUGAUCAAGUUCGUCUUGAUGGUCAACAAACAAGGCCAGACGCGACUGGCGCAGUACUACGACUUCCUGUCCAUUCAGGAGCGCGUGGCGCUCGAGGCCGAGAUAAUCCGCAAGUGUCUCGGCCGUAACGAAUCGCAGUGCUCGUUUGUCGAAUACCGGGGCUAUAAGGUUAUCUACCGACGAUACGCGUCGCUGUUUUUCAUUGUCGGGGUCAAAGACGACGACUCGGAGAACGAACUCGGUAUCCUCGAGUUCAUCCAUGCGCUCGUGGAGACGAUGGACAAGUACUUUGAAAGUGUGAUCAUGUUCAACUUGGAGAAGGCACACUUUAUUCUGGACGAGAUGGUCAUGAAUGGAUACAUUGUGGAAACCAACAAGAUCUCGAUCCUGAAGCCCAUUCAUCUGAUGGAGAAAGCGUCGUGA